AUGGGUGCAAACGCGCCCACGCAACAUCACCAGCUCUUCCAUCCACAGCCUCAGCAGCAGCGCCUUCUCUCUGUCCAUCAACCCUCGCUGGGGUCGUCUUCACAGUUGCUGCAACAGGACAGCGGCGGCAGUAGUAAUGGUGGCAAAUCCAUAGACCAGGACUAUGCACUGCAGAACCAGAGGCAUCCUUCCGCGCGACCCUCAGCAGUAGCACGACCACAGCUAUUUUCUGACUUUUUUCGCCGAUAUGAACUCAUGAUUGAAUUUACCAAUCUACGGAAUCCUCACCACUGCCCGUCUGGACUCUAUGUGAUGCCCGCUGCCGACAACAUGAACUUAUGGUUCGGAACAUUGUUUAUUCACAAGGGUUACUACCGCAAUGCAGUGUUCAAGUUCCAGCUAGUGAUCCCUGCUGAUUACCCUGAUCGUCGGCCGACAGUGCGCUUUUUGAGUGACAUGUGGCAUCCGCUGAUCGAUAACCAGGGCCAAUUGGCACUACAGUAUCAAUUCCCACAGUGGCGACCUCAUCGGGAUUACCUGUUCCACGUGUUACAUUUUGUCAAGGCGGCCUUUAAGAAGUGCGUCCUGGAUACGAUUGUGGAGAAGCAAGCUAACAAGAUUUUCGCAAAGUUAGCACAGCAGCGAGCACAGCUCUCGAUCACAGAGUCGAGUCUUUAUGAUAACUAUCCGUCCAACAACUCCAUCAAGUUUUCACCGCUCAGUGACGAGGAGUUUGGUGAGUGCUUACCAAUCUUCAAAUGA